AUGCCUAAAACGAAGGAAAAGCGUGUUUCCGUGAAAUUCUGUUUUCAGCUGGUGAAAAACGGUGGCCGAAACAGUUACCAAGCAUCAAAAAGCUUACAAGGACACUGCCAGGAGCAAAACUCAAGUUUACAGUGGUUUCUAUGUUUUAGGAAUGGUCACUCGUCACUUGACGACCAACCUGGUUCGGGGCGACCAUUGAUCUCCCAAAUGAAUGAAGACAAUGAAGACAUCACGAAAAUUUAUGAACUGAUUUUGGAAGACCGUCACCUACCAACUGACAAACUUGUUGGUUUGAGUGAUGUGUCCUGGAGCUCCUAUCAACGAAUGUUGAGCGAGGAAUUGCAAAUGAAAAGAGUUGCAGCAAAGUUUGUGACUCGCUUGCUCACAAGAUCAAAAGCAGUGACUACUGAAUGCGUGCCGUGA